UUCCCCGAACAAAAAGCAAUCUGUAACCCAGUACAAAAAUCUGGGUCUUGCGUCGUUAACUUUCAGCUGUUGAAAUGGAAGAAAUUACACCGCACUGGGAGCAGAAGCAAGAAGGAAGAGCCGUCCCAUAGAGUCACACACCGGGAGGGCGGGGCUUAAUCCCUUGACGUCAUCAAGCGCUGCCUUCGCCGCUGGAACCGGUAGGCGAGCGGGGUGAAAAACACAACCAAAAGUCGCUGGUGGUGCGCCAGGCUUGUGCUGCUACUAUGGAAGCUGCCUUCAACUGUUCGCUUUCAAAGACUUUGUUUCGCAGUGUUCUGAAGCACCUCUUUUUAAAGGAUUUCCAUAGUAUUGGUAACUAAUCAGUUCUCUGCUGGAUGGAUCUGCAGUGGAGACCCUUUUGUUUCUGAGGCCAUUGAUGUUCUUUUCUUCUGCAGAGACUAUAUAGGAAACAGCAAGAUUUAGCAAGAUUUCUUUGCAUAGAAGACAUAUACAAAGAUGGAGCUAGAUAUCACCACAGAUGAUCUGCCAUUGAUGGCCAAUACUAACCACAUGUUGGUAAAACAUUACGUUUUAGACCUGGAUGUGGAUUUUAGAAACCAUGUUAUAGAAGGCACCAUAGUUCUUUUCCUUGAUCCUGUCAGAAGAUAUGGAAAAGGAGACAGUAAGCAGAUGGAAGAAGCCAGUCCUUUUUGGUCUGAUGAAACUUGCCAUGUUCUGACACCUGAAGCCUGCUCAGUUAUUGUGCCAGAUGCAAGUGCCUGCACAACUAAAAGUGGAUGUAAUGAUUUUGCUGUCUGUGGUAAAGGUGAAAAUGAUACUUCUGAUAAAAACGGUAGUCAUGGCAACAGGGAACAGGCUUCUGGGAUUUCUAGUUCAAAGAACUGCUGUGACAUUGAGAUUCAUGGGAGUGAAGAUUUUUUGCUGGUCCUAGACUGCUGUGAUUUAUCUGUGUUAAAGGUCGAGGAGGUGGAUGUUGCUGUUGUUCCAGGCAUUGAGAAAUGUACAAGCUCUGCCAAGUUAAUGGAUGCUUCUAAGGAUCCUGGAAAUCUUAGAAAUCAAAUUGUGCAUGAACUUGUGACAUUACCUACAAAUCAUUGGAGAGAGCAGCUUCAAUAUUACAAGCAUUGCAGCGAGGCACCUGCUUCUGGUGAGCUUCUGUUUAUUACAGAUACUUGGAGCUUGAAAAUCAGGAAAACAGGGAUCAAGCUGCCGAAGGACUUCCCUCGUGCCAUAAGAAUAUGGUACAAAACAAAGCCAGAAGGACAAUCACUUAGCUGGACUACAGAUCAAAGUGACAGACCAUGUGUUUAUACAGUGGGAUCUCCAAUAAACAACAGGGCCCUUUUUCCAUGCCAAGAACCGCCUGUUGCCAUGUCAACAUGGCAAGCUACAGUCCGAGCAGAUGCACGCUUUGUUGUUCUGAUGAGUGGUGAGAAUGCAGCGGAACCAGCAGAAUCUGAAAAAGGUAUAUUAAAUUGGUUUUAUUAUGUUACAAUGCCAAUGCCAGCAUCUACCUUUACUAUUGCUGUUGGAUGUUGGGCAGAAGUUAAAAGAAAAAGUUAUGAAACUGAUGUUCUGAAGAAUGAUGGGCUGUCCUCAAAAGCGGAUGUCAGGUUAUUAGAAAAGGCUUGCGAUCAUAUACCAUAUCCUUGUCGUUUCCAAGAUCCUACCACCUCUACUCAGGUUAUUAUUCCUCAUCGCAUCUUUGCUCCUCUGUGCCUUAAGGAAUCCUGCAAAAAGGUUUUACCCCACCUGCUUCCUCAGUGUCUCUCUGCUGCGUAUGAUCUGCUGGGUACGCACCCAUUUUCCCGGCUUGAUGUUUUGAUUGUUCCACUGAACUUUUCCAGUCUUGGAAUGGCAAGCCCACAUAUCAUCUUCCUGUCACAAAGCACAUUAUCUGGAGAGAGCAACCUCUGUGGAACACGACUGUGCCAUGAAAUUGCUCACGCUUGGUUUGGUUUGGCCAUCGGGGCACGUGACUGGACAGAAGAAUGGCUUAGUGAAGGAUUUGCUACUCACCUAGAGGACGCAAUUUGGUCAGCAGCACAAAAGCUGUCAAUCGAUGAAGCAAAGGAGCAACAGGAGCUGAAAGCGUUGCUGCGCUGGCACCGUCUUACGGAUGAAGUGCAGAACUCAGAAAGGGAUCUGCAGGUGUUAAGGCCAAACAAAGAGAAAACUGGCAAAGUGACUGAAUCUGGUUCAUCUGUAAUCAAACAUGGCCUUAAUGCAGAAAAAAAUUUCAUGCAGGUUCACUACCUAAAGGGUUAUUUCUUGCUUCGGACUUUCACAGAAAAAAUAGGAGAAGCUGCAUAUUUUGCUUUUUUAAGAAAAUAUGUGUCGGCAUUUCAUGGACAACUGAUACUCUCCCAGGAAUUUCUUCAUUUAUUAUUGGAAGAGUUCCCCCAGCUAAAAGGGUAUGGUCUGGCGAUUGAAAACAUUUUCCAGAAGUGGCUUGACUGCUCAGGAAUACCGAAGCCUUUGCUGGAAGCGAGUCGAGUUUGGCAGGAGGGUCGACUAGCCCAGCAAGUGAAGGAAGAGGUCGUAAAAUGGAUUCAAGUAAAUCAGAGGUUCAGACAAGGCACUCAAAGGAAAAGGCGGCGACAAGGAGAAGUCACUUUCCGAAAGCUUUCCCCGGACCAGCUGGUCUUACUUCUGGAGUGUCUCCUGCAGAAGAGGACAUUCUGUUCAAAAAUGUUGGAAUGCUUACAGAAAACUUACCACCUCCGUGAGCAGGAUGCAGAGGUUCGGCAUCGAUGGUGUGAGAUUAUUAUUAAACACAAAUACAUGGCAGGGUAUGCUGAUGUUGAGAAAUUCCUCAAGGAAGACCAGGCAAUGGGUGUCUACCUCUAUGGAGAAUUAAUGUUGAAUGAGGAUGCAAAACAACAAGAAAUUGCAUAUAAAACUUUUGCUGUAAUCCGUGACCACAUGGAUGCAUCCUCAGCUAAAGUAGUAGCAGAAAUGUUAUUUGCCAAGGAAAGGCAGAGACUUUAACUAUAUCUGCUACCAAAUGCUGGUGGUAUUAGGAUUUCUUUGAUUCUGGACAUCAAAGGGAGGAUUAUGUGACUGCUAAAACAAUCAGCUGAAAAACAUUUUAUGCAGAGUGCUUCUCUUUCUAGAGGGUGACAGAAGCCAGGAGGAAAAAGUCCUUCAUCCCCCUCAUGCAAACCACACAAUAAGAUACAAUUAUGAUUAUGAAGCCAAGGCCAAAAAGAAAAGAAAUAUACAGUGAGCUAAACCUUUCAGUUAAGUGAGCAUUAUAUGCUAAUUUAAACUGAACCCAGUGUGUUUUGCUUAAUUAAAAUAAAAUGAAGAUUACAGUGAUUUUUUUUCUUGUUGUUCAAGGCCCUAACUCAGUCGCACUAUGAGCAUAACAUUAACCAUAAGCAAUACCAGGGUGAAAUAUUGCUCUCUCCUAUGCCUAAUGCUGACCAGUAUAGUUUCAUUCAAAGAAAUAUGAUGCAAUCUCAAUAAUCUUUGAAUUGGUACCAGUCCCUACUUUGUAAAACAUGUCUUAGAAAUAAACUGAUUUUAUAAA